AUGACACUUCCUGCGAGCAUACCGUGGGUCUUGCGCGGUAGCGAUGAGGGAGCCUUCAAGAGCGCAGUGACUGAUCUUUAUUGGCGCUCGGUGGAGGAAGAGGCACGUCAUCUCGUAGUGGCCCUCGCUGAUUUGAUAAAAGACUGUCCCGAGCCCCUGGCCAUUGAGAAGGUCCAAGCCCGGCCGCAUCGUGCGAGGCAAAAUCUAUUUGCGAAAGCCUGGAGCAAUGUCGAUCUUGAUGACGAGGCCCUGGAAUCCGUGAGGGCACUGUAUGGACGCUUCUCGGGGGAUGAUUACGGGAAGACGCUCAUUGAAAGGCGAGCGAGGCAGAUGCUCCAGGCUGUUGGCUGGCUGGAUAUAGAUUUCGUACAUCAAGAUCGCCCACCGAUCUACCCAUCCAUGUCCGGCCUUCCCAAUGUGGAUGAAUUGGAGUAUGGUAAUGUGAUCCGGGCAAUGCAAUGUUCGCUCUGCCGGCGGUGUAUUCGCACGCAAUACUUUGAAUGCCGCAAAGGCUGUUUGGAUAGGUCUUCAACUCACAAUUACUACAAGUGCUUUCCCCCAGCCAACGAGAAGUCUCAAUCAAAUAUUUCACAUCUCCUGCCACGCUUGAUGUUGACGCCUUUCAGGCUGUGUUUUUCCUGUAUGGUGUCGACAGACAAGAUCAUCCCCGACGCAGAUUGCACCUAUCUCAGGAGCGGUUACAAAGACCGAGUCAAGCAGGAACCGCACCUGAGAUCCGCGAACUUCACCAGCAGACGCCAGAGUCCCAAUGCCCUCGCGUUCCGACGGGAGCUCAAUGCACUGGAGGACUUUCAAGAAGGUUGA